AGGAACCUAAACGGCUGAGGCGCAGGUAACCUCGUUCGCGCCCAAGUCUGUCUGAAACGGUCCCUUGACUUGUUGGCCAGUUUAGCUACCGUCGAGGCCACUGGUGCGACGAUCGCAAAAUUGGUCUUGGUCUUAUAAGGGCCCCGUGGUUGUGGUGUUGCGCUGGUAGGGCUUUACCAUCAAUACCCGGCGAUGUCGCAAACAAAUUGGUGGGGGGAAAGCGAAACCUUCUGUACUAUAAGAAAUACAUUACAAGUGACCUAUCGCUCUCUGACUUGCGCUCUGGUUGUCGUUUUACCCACAAUGCCCUUCUAAAUCUGUGACUUAAGAAUGUCCACCGGUAUCGCGUUCGACAUCGUGACAAGGGGCGCGGGAGAAGAGGCUGCUCAAGCAGCAUUCCACAAGUCCACUAUUGAGUCAUGGACACUCUAUUCGAUUGGUGUUGCUGCGACUAUUCUCAGGACAUAUGCCCGAGGAAGCGCCGUGGGCUUGAGGAAUCUGCGAGCCGAUGAUUACCUUAUCUGGGUUGGUAUUAUAUUCUACACCGCACAGACGGCUCUUGCAUACAGCGUGGGAAAUGUUGCCCACGGUCUGGCCAAUAAUGGUAUGACAGAUGCCCAGCGCGCCGCACUGUCUAUCGACGAUCCGGAAUACAGAUUUAGGUCUUGUCGCCGGGUGGACUACAUAUUCGGCCUUGAUCUGGUCACUCAAGCUCUCGAUGCUGGCAUUUUAUGUUCGACUUACGGACGGUCUUGGCCGCCGUUAUCGAGUCCCGGUUUAUAUUGGCUUUGCCCUUGUCAUCGGGACUUUUAUCGCAAGCAUUAUAUCUGCCAAGCCGCAAUCUCCAAGCCGAUAGUUUGGGUCUCCUUCGCUGCGAAUGUCAGCACCGAUCUCUACCUGAUAACGAUCCCAAUUCCAGUCUUAUGGAGCACUAAAUUGAGAUUGGUGAAGAAGAUAGCUUCUACAGUUGUACUCAGCGCCGGCGUGUUCGUUCUCGUCUGCGCCACGCUGAAGAGUAUCUUCGUCCUGGUGGACCCCCUCCACGGUGCAGAGCUAAGCGGCGCAUGGGGCACACGUGAGACAUUCGUCGCAGUUAUGACGACAAAUCUACCGAUGAUAUUCCAUCUAUUCAAAUCCUGGCUCGGACGCGUUUACGGAAGUGCAUUCAACUCAACCCCGACGCACAAAUACCCUAGUGGAUUCCAGAGCAUUGGUGGCGGGGGCGGUGACUCGCGGAGUCGGAAUCGCCGAAAGCCCUCGAGUGGGUAUCCUACAUCGGGGACCCUCACAUUGACCGAGAGCGAGGAACGAAUGGUCGGCGACGUUAAAAUGCACAACUUGAAGACACACCCUUUGUCUCCCACUGGAACCGUCGCAAGCAGUAUUGUAGUCUCGAACCGGAUUGAGGUGACCCACGAGGCCAGAUAGCGAGUUGGAUCCGCGCCGGCUGCAUGAGAC